ACGAUUUAACGCUGCGGUGGGGUCUGGCUACGCGAGACUAGAGAUGAACGAGGUGUACGACUCGAAGCGUCGUGCGCUGUACGUGGCUGUAGCAGCGCUGUGCACUGAGGUCGGUUACACGGAUGCUGAAAAACCGGCGUUGGAGUCUUUAGUGGAGAUGAUGCAGAGCUUCGUGACGGAGGCCGGUCGCAGUGCGCAUCAGUUUACUGAGGUGUCGUCGAGAGCGCGAGGAAAUUUCACUGAUGUGAGGAUGGCGCUGAUAGAAAUGGGUACCGAUCUGAGCAAACUGAAAGCUCAUUCGCAGAGAGCCAGAAGAAUGCAAGUCAAUAAACAGGGUUCGGUUCAUGUUCCUCCCUCACCUGCUGGACUGCAAGUUGGCAAGAAAAAGUCUCUACCUGAUCAUGUGCCUCAACAUUUUUUACCAUUUCCUGAUCCACACACGUUUGUAAAGACACCCGCUUACAAAAAGCCACAGAGCGACUACAAAGUUCUUCGAGAGAAGUCUGCCAUGUACAAAAGACAUAUCGAGCAGGGACUGUCGAGAUUUGCAACGAGAACUAAACAAUCAGUGCCUCUCACGUCGACUGGCAGUCUGUCGUCUUUUACUAUGUUGCCUGAAGUGAGUUUGCAGCCAUACAAGAGUGUGCUUAUGAGUGAGCGAGAGAAAGGGCCAAUGCCAGUGCUGGACGAGUGUGGUGAUGACACAGACGGUAGAGAACAAAUGGAUACUCAAGAUGCUGAUAGAGGAAAUGAGCACAUGGCUGCCGAAUGGAACAUCAGUUUGGAUGAUGAUGACAGUAGUGGACAGCGAGAUUAUGUCACUAAUCCAUACUUGCAGCUGCCAAAAAGAUCAAGGACCCAGUGAGGUGUUCACAUAUUCUAUAGUAAGAUGCAGAACUUCAAACCAAGAUGAUAACAAAUUUUUUCGUGUAUUAAUAAAUUAAGUAAAUAGAUAGCAUAAGUAUAAUAUCAUUGCUAUUGUGUAGACCUAAUUUGUAAUUGUAAUGAUGCAACUGACUCACAUGCUGAGACAACAUUUUCAUAGUGUUCCAGCUCUAACUGAAACUGGGCAGCUGAAGGGGCAUUUGAUGUACACAGAGCUGAUACGGGUCUCAUUCUAAGCUUUCGUUUUCCUUUAUUCAGUUAUGUCCACCUCUGGUUGAUGGGGUUUAUAGUAUAUAU